AAUGAAAACAAAAACAGAAAAAGAAUGAAGAGAGAGUAGUUUGCUUUUUGCUUUCUCGAUCCCUCUCUCUCAAAAUCGCUGCUCUGCUCUCAAUCCCUCUCUCACCCGCCGGCCGCCGCUCUCAAUCCCUCUCUCACUGCUCUCUAUCUCUCUCCCUCGCCUCGCAGUUCAAUUUCCGCCGCAGCCGCACGCACACUGCUCACCAGUCACCGCGCCACACAGCUCUCACUCUUUCUCCUCGUCUCGUCACAAAGUUUUGAGUGGUAGAUAAAAUGGAAGAAGAUGAUUAUGAGGAGUAUGUGCCUGUGGCCAAGCGUCGUGCAAUGGAAGCUCAGAAAAUUCUCCAACGAAAAGGGAAGGCCUCUGCUGCAAUCGACGAUGAGUCUGAAAAACUAAAAGUGGUUGAAACUAAGCCAAGUCUUCUUGUUAAGGCGUCACAGUUAAAAAAAGAUCAACCUGAGAUCAGUGUCACAGAACAGAUUGUUCAACAAGAGAAGGAGAUGAUUGAGAAUUUACCAGAUAAUAAAACCCUAAAGUCGGUUCGUGAAUUAGCUAAGGGGAUCACUUAUACAGAACCUUUGCCUACAGGGUGGAAACCUCCUUUGCAUAUAAGAAGGAUGUCGAAGAAAGGUUGCGAAUUGAUUCAAAAACAGUGGCAUAUAAUAGUUGAUGGUGAAGAAAUUCCACCCCCGAUUAAGAAUUUUAAGGAUAUGAGGUUUCCAGAUCCUAUUCUGAAGAUGUUGAAAACCAAAGGUAUUGUGCAGCCAACACCCAUUCAGGUGCAAGGUCUUCCUGUUAUCUUAUCUGGGAGGGAUAUGAUUGGAAUUGCUUUCACGGGUUCUGGUAAAACUUUGGUUUUUGUGCUUCCGAUGAUCAUGAUGGCAAUGCAGGAGGAAAUUAUGAUGCCUAUAGUUCCCGGGGAAGGUCCGUUUGGUCUGAUUAUUUGUCCAUCAAGGGAACUUGCUAGGCAAACUUAUGAAGUCAUUGAACAAUUCUUGUUACCUUUGAAGGAAGCUGGAUAUCCGGAGCUCAGGCCUUUGCUUUGUAUCGGUGGAAUUGAUAUGAGAUCACAACUUGAGAUUGUGAAGAAGGGGGUGCAUAUUGUUGUUGCCACUCCUGGGAGGUUGAAGGAUAUGUUGGCCAAGAAGAAAAUGAAUCUUGAUAAUUGCAGGUAUUUAACAUUAGAUGAGGCUGAUCGGUUGGUAGAUUUGGGAUUCGAAGAUGAUAUAAGAGAAGUUUUUGAUCACUUCAAAGCUCAAAGGCAGACUCUCUUAUUUUCUGCUACUAUGCCAACAAAAAUUCAGAACUUUGCUAGAAGUGCUUUGGUAAAACCGAUUAUUGUCAAUGUGGGACGUGCAGGAGCUGCAAAUCUUGAUGUAAUUCAGGAGGUAGAGUAUGUCAAGCAAGAGGCGAAAAUAGUUUACCUCCUUGAGUGCCUACAGAAAACCCCGCCUCCUGUUCUGAUAUUUUGUGAGAAUAAGGCUGAUGUGGAUGACAUUCAUGAGUAUCUUCUCUUGAAAGGAGUAGAAGCCGUGGCUAUACAUGGAGGCAAGGAUCAGGAAGAGAGAGAGUAUGCCAUUUCAUCUUUUAAGGCUGGAAAGAAAGAUGUGUUGGUUGCAACUGAUGUUGCAUCCAAAGGUUUAGAUUUUCCUGAUAUUCAGCAUGUGAUCAACUAUGACAUGCCGGCUGAAAUAGAAAAUUAUGUUCAUAGGAUUGGACGUACUGGAAGAUGUGGCAAGACUGGUAUAGCGACAACAUUUAUAAACAAGAACCAAAGUGAGACAACAUUGCUUGAUUUGAAACAUCUUUUGCAAGAAGCAAAGCAAAGGAUCCCCCCAGUUUUGGCUGAGCUUAAUGAUCCAAUGGAAGAUAAUAAUGACAUCACAGACAUAAGUGGUGUCAAGGGAUGUGCAUAUUGUGGAGGGCUCGGUCAUCGUAUUGGUGAUUGUCCCAAAUUAGAACACCAGAAGAGUAUGGCAAUUGCAAAUAAUAGAAAGGAUUAUUUUGGAUCCGGAGGUUACAGAGGGGAAAUUUGAAAGGUGUUGAUCCCUUGUUUACUGAUUUUUCUUUCAAUGCUACUGGCUUAUAUCUGCAAAUUUAAAGUGUAUUCUAUGAAAUCUUAUGACCAUCCAUCCUGACAUCUGUACUGCUAUUUAUGAUAUGUAUCAGAUUUUCUUUGAACACUACUGUGGUAUGUACAAUAUAUUUGCAACCUAUCUAUACCAUGAAGUUUAAUGAAUUUCAUUAUCUGUACCAGUGCGUUUGGUAACAAUAUGAUUGAAUUGGCACGUGUUAUA